CGCCAGCUUAUUGGCGCCAGCGGCAACUGGAGAAAAGUUUGAUUUGGACAGAUUGAACAGAGGAAGACAGAAACAGCCACAAACAUGACUAGAAGAAGUGGUCGCCAGCAGAAAAGAUCUGAAAAUGCUCCAGGGCAGAAAGGCAAAGUUAAUAAGCAAAGCAACAGGAAAAAGGUUCAGCCCCUGUCAAAGCUGCAGUGUGAGAUGAACCAGCUGGUACUUGAAGGUGUCACUGAGCCUUGUAUUGUCAUGGAGACUCCUGAGAAGGAAAUAAGGAUCGACUGUGAUGAGCCUGACUGUGAAGUCCUCACGGCCAGAGUCUCUUUGGUUCGGACGUCUCCUCUGCCUCACCUUGGAUGGGGCUCUCCUGAGGAUGUGUGGAUGAAGAUGGUUGGCAAGGAGCAGAGUUACAGACACAGCAAGAUCUUUAUCCUGAAGCAUCCCAGUAUACAGCCCAGAAUGAGAUCGAUCCUCCUCGACUGGUUAAUUGAGGUGAGUGACGCAUACACCCUUCACCGGCAGACGUUCUACCUGGCACAGGACUACUUUGACCGGUUCAUGUUGACACAGAACAACGUUGGAAAGGGCGUCCUGCAGCUCAUCGGGAUCACCUGUCUUUUCAUAGCAGCAAAGAUGGAGGAAGCCUGUCCUCCAAAGCUCUCGCAGAUGGCGUACGUGACUGCAGGGACUUACUAUGAGGAUGAGAUUCUUCAAAUGGAGUUAACCAUUUUGAAGGCGUUGCGUUGGAACCUGUGUCCUGAAACAGCCGUGUCUUGGCUGAAUCUUUACUUCCAGAUGGCAUCGAUGAACGCCAAGUCUGACCUGCUGGAGCCACAGUUUCCACAGGAGGCUUACAUACAAAUGACACGUCUUUUAGAUCUAUGUGUCCUCAGCAUAAACUCACUGGACUUCCAGUAUCGAGUGUUGGCCGCAUCAGUCCUGUGCUAUUUCCUUCACCAGGAAGAAGUUGAAAAGGUUUCAGGUCUGUCGAAAGACGCCAUCCAGCCUUGUGUCACCUGGAUGGCUCCCUUUGUUGAAUCAGUGAGCCGGUCUGGCCGAGCGACGCUGAGGGAUUUUGCCAGAAUAAAAGAAGACAGACACAACAUCCAGACGCACACAGACUACAUGACCAUGCUGGAGGACGCCAGUAAAAACGAGGUGAACUGCCAGUUUCCCACUCCUCCCAGCAGCACAGAGAAAACCUGCACACACUGAACCACUAGAGGAAGACACUGAAGUGAGUGUGAACAAAGAGGACACAGGGUUAAUGUCCCACAAACAAAGGCUGAGUCUUGUUCACAGGAGUACAGAGUGUAAUGGGGGUUUAUUUCAUGCCUGCUGCUGAAAUCUGUCACUCACUGCUUUAUCCAGGAUCACGUGUCUGCAUUUGAAAGAAUCUUGGCCAAAGCUUUUUUUUGUGUGUUAAAGUUUUAGCCGUCUUUUUAGCAACAAAAUUGGUGCUUUGAUUUGUAAAAGAAAAAUGGUUAAAAAAAAAAAAAAAAAAAAGUGAAAAGAGUUGUUUGCUGUAAGUUGUCAUUUCUAGAAAAUGACGUUUUAAUACUGAAUGUGCAAUUGUUUACUUUUUGUAGCAUAUUAAAUAUGUUUGUAGCCCAAAGGUAAAACCUAA